CAGGGAUGGUUCCUUUCGUUAGAAGCUGCUUCCUUGUCCCCAAUACAUUCUGAUCCGCCUAACUGGCAGUUUUCCAAGGACACCUGGCACUGUGAAGAGAGAGGUUCAAAUGGUGCCAAUACGGUGACAGUGGAGAGAGCCUCGCAGAUUCCCAGUUGGAAGUCACUACGAUUAAAACUCAAGAAGAACAAGCCAGAUGUAGACGGUUUUUGGCAUGGAGAACCAAGCCCACACCACAGCAGGAGCGUCUCCUUGUGAAGCAGAGCUUCAGGAACUGAUGGAACAAAUUGACAUCAUGGUGAGCAACAAGAAGCUGGACUGGGAAAGGAAGAUGCGGGCUUUAGAGACACGGUUAGACCUCCGGGAUCAAGAGUUGGCCAAUGCACAGACUUGCUUGGACCAGAAAGGCCAGGAGGUGGGCUUACUUCGACAGAAGUUGGACAGUCUAGAAAAAUGUAAUUUAGUAAUGACUCAGAACUAUGAAGGGCAGCUACAGACCCUCAAAGCUCAAUUUUCUAAGCUAACCAAUAACUUUGAAAAACUGAGGUUACACCAGAUGAAGCAAAACCAAGUUCACCGAAAAGAAGCCCCCAGCAAAGAAGAAAUACCCUUCGAGCUGAGCAGUUUGAGCCAGAAGCUGGAGGAAUUUAGAGCGAAGUCAAGGGAAUGGGACAAGCAGGAGAUCCUCUACCAGACUCACCUAGUGUCUUUGGAUGCUCAGCAAAAACUGCUAUCUGAAAAAUGCAAUCAAUUUCAGAAACAGGCACAAAAUUACCAAACUCAGCUAAACGGUAAGAAGCAAUGCCCGGAGGACAGCAGCCCUGAGAUCCCUCGUCUGGUGUGUGAAUCAGAUCCUGAUUGUGAAGCCAGCCAGAGAGAUGAGUUUAUUAUUGAAAAGUUAAAGUCGGCGGUGAGUGAAAUAGCACUGAGCAGGAACAAGUUACAGGAUGAAAACCAGAAGCUGCUACAGGAACUGAAGAUGUACCAGAGGCAAUGCCAGGCCAUGGAAGCAGGACUGUCAGAGGUGAAGAAUGAGCUACAGUCACGUGAUGAUCUUCUGAGGAUUAUAGAAAUGGAAAGACUGCACUUGCACAGGGAGCUGCUGAAAAUGGGAGAAUUCCAGACUGCUCACGACAACAGGAAAAGCUCCACAUACAGAGCUACUGCUUGUCCUGGAGGGAUGACUCAGUGGCCGAGACAGCUUGCUACUCUUCCAGAGGACCCUAGACUUGAAUCGUCAUAUUCCCCUUCUACUAAAGAACCAGAAAAGAAACGGAGAGAGUUGUUUGCAAUGGUCUCAGAUCAACCAAAUCAUGAAAAAGAAUUGAACAAAAUGAGAAGCCAGCUCUAUCAGAAGGAAGACCGAUGCUCUGAACAGGAACGCCUGAGGAAUGAGAUCUCGGACCUCACCCAGGAACUCCACCAGAAGGAGAUCACUAUAGCAUCUGUCAGGAAGAAAGCUGCCCUUCUGGAAAGACAGUUAAAGAUAGAGUUAGAAAUAAAGGAAAAAAUGUUAACAAAGCAACAGGUCUCGGAUAUGAGAUACAAAGCUGUCCGAACAGAAAACACACACCUGAAAGGAAUGAUGGGAGACUUAGACCCUGCUCGGUACUUGAGGAUGGACUUCACUGACAAGGAGCAGUCACGGUACCCAUCGAUUAACAAACUGGAAUACGAGAAUGAGAGGCUCCGAAGCGAUCUUGCAAAGCUCCAUGUCAACGGGAAGGCAGCGUGGCCUACCCAGAGCAGCUACGAUGAAGCAGAAGCAUACGCCUACCAGAGCCAGCUGAAGACGGAGACCGCUGGAGACAGAAUUAGCCAAGACUGUGAGCUGAGCAGAAGUCCAGCACCACCCUUACCGUCUUUGCCAUUUCAGACCAAAGAAAUGACAAGUCCCUUGCUUAGUGACGAUGAAGUCUUCCCUCUGUCUCCACCAGAUAUAUCCCUCCCAGCCUCCCUGGCUGCACAGCACUUCCUGAUGGAAGAGGAGAGACGGGCCAAGGAGCUUGAGAAGCUGCUCAACGCACACAUCGACGAACUGCAGAGACACACCGAGUUCACGCUUAACAAAUACACCAAGCCUAAGCAGAACAGGCACAUAUGAGCUUUGCACCUUUUCUGUUCGCUUCCUCUCCAAAAAAAGGAAGGGAAAGGGCUCCAGUGAAACACUUUCAAAGCAGACUCGUGAAACUGAGAAAUCUGGUUCGGUCUCCACUUCUGUAAGAAAGCUAGAAAAGCUGCUCAUUCUGCAUUUCACAUACUAAUUGUUCUGUUAGGAUAGAAUAAACAUGACUAGCCCCAGAGGAUUUCUUCCCUGUCUAAGGCAUAGUUUGGGAUUGAGAAUGAAUUAUUUCUGAUUUUAAUCAUGUAUGCUAAAGUCCCAUUUCCUGUUUAACAGGCAGUGAGAAAGGGAAGCACUCAACUCCAAACGUAAGGAAACUGAGUGCAGCCACUCUGUGCUGGGCACAAAAACUCAAAGACUUGUAAAAGUGAAAGAUGUUUAGAUAGACACACUGCACUAUGAGAUUUGUUUUAGAAGCAAAGGAUACGUCCUUGCUAUUGUUACAUUCACUUUUGUAGUGUCUCUCUGCCUUAACAUCAGGAUUCUGACUGUGCACUGCGCACAGCAAAAGCUGCCGUGCCCGACAGCCAUGCCACCACUGAGCCCAGCAAAUGCAGAGCACCCGUUUCCUCUCCCCUCUGUAAUCACUCCUGUUUGUAAUACAAUAAAGUAAUGCGAAAUUCA